CGCAGCCACUGAACCACAAGCAGCUUCGCUUUAACUGGAGUGCCUGUGAGUCGCGUGCCAGGAGCCUCACGGCCAGGACUGACUGACAGACACGCACAGUCACCACAACACACGAGACCCGGGCGGGUCGCAGCCGCCGCCGCCGGGGCUCUUGGCAAACUCUGCUGUCGGAGGGAUCCCCCGCGGAGCCGCGCCGCGGUAGCACCCGGCCUGCUGUUCACAGCGAGAAGGACGCAACGCUGCAUUGGCGGCGCCCAGAUCCGGGGCCCGUGUAGCGACGCUGAGAGACACAGUGAGAGCUAAGUAAGAUGUUCGUCAAAUCGGAGACCUUGGAUCUGAAGGAGGAAGAGGACGUAUUGCUGCUUCUCGGUUCGGCCUCCCCGGCCUCAGCGGCCCUGACCCCGCUGACGUCCAGCACCGAGGAGGAGGAGGAGGAGGAGCUGGGCGCGUCCGGCGGCGCUCGGCGGCAACGCGGGAUCGAGGCCGCCCCGGGGGCGCGUGGCGGCUCGGCCGCGGGCGGCUCGGUCUGCAGGCCCGCGCGGCUGCUGGGCUUGGCGCACGAGUGCAAACGACGAUCGUCCCGGGCCCGGGCUGUCUCUCGCGGCGCCAAGACCGCGGAGACCGUGCAGCGCAUCAAGAAGACCCGCAGGCUGAAAGCCAACAAUCGCGAGCGCAACCGCAUGCACAACCUCAACGCGGCGUUGGACGCGCUGCGCGAGGUGCUUCCCACGUUCCCUGAGGACGCCAAACUCACCAAGAUCGAGACCCUGCGCUUCGCCCACAACUAUAUCUGGGCGCUCACCGAGACCCUGCGCCUGGCGGACCACUGCGGCGGCGGCGGCGGGGUGCUGCCGGGGGCGCUCUUCUCGGAGGCCGUGCUGCUGAGUCCCGGAGGCUCUAGCGCCACCCUGAGCAGCUGCGGGGAAAGCCCAUCACCCUCUUCCACCUGGAGCUGCACUAACAGCCCUGCGCCGUCCUCCUCGGCGUCCUCCAACUCCACCUCCCCCUACAGCUGCACUUUAUCCCCCGCCAGCCCGGAGGGUUCAGACAUGGACUACUGGCAGCCCCCACCUCCCGACAAGCACCGAUAUGCACAUCACCUACCCAUAGCCAGGGAUUGCAUCUAGAGCUGCCGUCUCUGUCACCCACGCAGGCCUUAGCAAGUCCCUUUUCUGCCCUGUAUCACAAUUUCCUCCCACCCUACCCUGACCCCAACUUUCCACGCACCACUGACCACCUCACAUCACAAAGCAGAUGUAGCUGUUCUCAUUACUUGCUGGCUUCGUUGCACUCUUUUGCUGUGGGUUUUCUUCAUUCACGCAGUCUGAUUUAAUGAACUUGUAAUGAAGCUUGUUAUCAAAGAGGAUGGUGGAAUUUUGGGUGCGCUUCUAGAAGAGGUGAGCAAGACGCUGGGAGCGAUAGUGUGCGGAAUGAGGGGUUUGCAGAGAGGGCAGACACUCCUCCCCUCACUUGUCACUGAGGAGAACACAGUGAAGUUCGUGUGAAUCACCCCGGACCAAUGCAACUGGUUCUUGUGAUCUCGUCACCUUUGCAUCUACAUAGAGAUGUUAAUGUCGAGUAGAAAAAAAAAUGUAUCUUAGCAUCUGAAUUAUUUUACCGGUAAUAAUAUUAUCCACAGAUUCGCAAUGGCUGGCAUCUGCUUUAUUCCCAUUGCUGUCUGCAGGCUGUGGGAAUUUCACCUGUCAAACCAAACUUUCCCUCUCUGAUGUGCACUUUGUUCUGUUCCCAGAUUCGUCACAAUGCCUAUUGUCCUGCCCUUCUCAUUCCUUUUUCUUCCCCAUUUUGCCAUCUGUCCCUUAUGAUUUAUAAGGGGGAAAAGUUGUUUUGUUAGAGGGCCAGGUUAGAAGUCAUUGUAUAAUUUGUAGACUUUGUAAUGAUUGAAUGCAAGCGUGGAAAUUUAGGCUGAACUCUCUAUCAAAAGAAAAAAUGUGGAGGAAAAGGGAAAAAUCAGGAGGGAGGAUUGCUUCAUGCAUUAUUUAUCUCGACCUUUUAGGGGAGAAGGAACUCCCUCAUUCUUUCAAGAGAUUAAAAAUAAAUCAACAGACUGAAAACCUAAGCAGACACGGAGCAUUAUCGGGAUCAGCCACACACGUGUUCCCUUCUAUUUAUUAUAAAGAAAAAUUUCAUGGGAAAAGUAUGUAUUUUUUGUAUAUUUUACAGAGUUUAUUCUAGUAUGUAUUUACAUCUCGAAGAGCAAGAAAAUUGUUCUUGUGAUUAAACUAUAAAUAAAGUAUCUAAUUUUCAUAA